GUACGUUUGGGAAUUCUACAGCGUAAUGUUUUCAUUCUCUGUCUGUCAUUUCCAUGGAAUUCUCUUCAGGAGUUCAUUCGCUGACUUCUCCGCCUUCUCAGACUGACUCCUUGCUUGCAAUGUUUGAUCCACUGGCUUCUGAGGCGUCAAUCACACCGUCAAUAGUCAGGCCUAAAGUACACUAUGCCAGACCUUCGCAGCCACCUCCCGAUCCUCCCAUACUAGAGGGAGCAAUAGGAGGCACCGAGGGCAGACUGCCACCAUUCCCCUCUCACUUGAGCGCGCAGAGCGAGGCCGAACUGCUGAAGCAGAGGUACUCAUACUCGGAGAGGCUGGUCCGCAGCAGGAGCUCGGAUAUCGUCUCCUCAUCUCGUCGGCCGAUGAGCGAUCCUGGUUGGAAUUCCCCUGCCAGCAGGCGGGCAGGAGCCGAAGAGCUGUUUUUGACGGGAGCGUCAACUGGAGUCAACUGUGGUCCUACAUCCUCACCCAGCAAAGAUUCCCUGAUAUCUUUAGGUGGUUCAGUGAUUAAGGAGUGGUUUACUCUGCAAGAAACUAAACAUGGAGCCUCUUAA